AUGCUAAUUGUAGAUGCACCGAUUGUCACAAGCCUUUCAAAUCAACAAUUGAAUCAUGGAGACCGGUUGACUGUUUCCUGUUCGGUAUCCGGAAACCCGCUGGCCACAGUUGUAUGGAUCAAAAAUGGACAGUCGUUGAACUUGGUCGACAAAGGUGUUCGAAUUGAGGUGAUUCAGCUUUCCAACGAAAAAGUCGAAUCGGUUUUGGAAAUUGUUAAUCUGGUACGCGUGGACUCCGGAGAAUACGAGUGUCGUGCGAAAAACUCCCUCGGAACAGCCAGCGCCAAAUUUUUACUUCAAGGUUCAGAUCAUAGCAGUUUGACCUGGACCGACCUGAACACAGCACUGAGGCAUCCCUAUGGUAGCCAUGUUUUCAAAGUGAUUACCAUGGGCCGUGCAUCUCGAACGGAUAGUUCACGUUAUACGCUCUAUCUGGGCCACAAAAUUAGUAACCCUUAUUGA